AUGUCCGCCCCACGGAUACUUCAUCGCCUCGCGCGACCAGUGCCAUCAUCCCUAAGCACUAUCACAAGACUAAACCGCCAAUUCGGCGCAACAGCUCGACGUCUCAAAGAUGGCGACGAUGCUCCUGAGGUGAAGGCGCACCGCGCAAACCAGGCUAACAAGCCCCCGAACCAAUUCGUGCCCAACACUACCUCCACCAUGACAAAGGACUUCCUAAGUGUCGGCCAGAAGCCUCCGCCACCGGAGAUGCUGAACUCAGUCGAUCCCAACUACAGACCGUCUGAUCCGUACCCCGGAAGAAUUGAACAUUUCACCGGUGGUCGCCAGGAUAACGGGGCGCAGAAGCCCGAGCUUGGCGUUGGUGAGAUGGAGGGUAUUACGUUCAAGGUUGAGCCUCUGAAGAGAGUUGGAGAGGAACUUGCCACGAAGAGGGCACGCCUGCUAUACCAAAGCCGCAAGCGCGGAAUCCUGGAGUCAGACCUGCUCCUCUCGACCUUUGCAGAUGUCUACCUGGGCAAGAUGGACUACGACCAGCUCGAGGAUACCAUCACCGAGACUUGGAAGGAGAGCGGUGCCAAGAGUGGUGAAUGGGCGCAGACUAUUGGCGCUUUCAGAGCGGCUUACCGACCUGUUCCGUCGCGUUGGCAGAGCUCUGAAGUUCUCGAGUUGCUCAGAGCUCAUGUUCGCGAUAAGAGUGCUACUGGCUUCGAGAAGGCCAAGAAUAAGAAGACUGGUGGUGGUGGCGGCUUAGGGAGAAUGCCCGAUGUUCAGCUGUUUGACUCGUAA